ACUCCCCCUCAUCCUUUCUUUCUCUUCUGUCCCCCCCUCCAUCCGUCCACCCUCCUCCUCCUCCUCCUCCUCCUAACCCCCCUGCCCCCGGACUCCACCGCCGUCGAGCAAGGUAUCGCCUUCGCCUCCUUCAGACUCCAGAGUCUCUGACAAUUCGUCCCUGCCUUUGCACCGCGCGGUAUCACUUUCGGACUUGUCUCCCCCGGCUCUGCUCUGUGCUCUCCCCCCCCCCGGACCCCGCUUUAUAUACAGUCUGUGAUCCCCAGCUUCUUCUCCUGAGUUUCUCCUCUCCCUCUCUCACUUCUCACUACUCUCAACUCACAAACUCCAUCUCAAUCCAAACUAUUCUUUUUCUUCUUUCUUCCGUGAUACCAAAUACCCCUCCACGUUUCGUCUUAUUUCCAAAAAUCACACAAUGGGUUUGUCCGUUGAGCUCAAGACCCCGGUGACGGGCCCCUACAACCAACCUACAGGACUGUUCAUCAACAACGAGUGGGUUGAGAGUGUCGACAAGCAGACUUUCGAGGUCAUCAACCCCUCCACCGAGGAGGUCAUCACCUCCGUCCACGAGGCCACCGAGAAGGAUGUCGACAUUGCCGUCGCCGCCGCCCGCAAGGCCUUCGAGGGCGAGUGGAGAAAGGUUGCUCCCAGCCAGCGUGGUUACCUCUUGAACAAGCUCGCCGAUAUUGCCGAGAAGAACACCGACCUCCUGGCCGCCGUCGAGUCUCUCGACAACGGAAAGUCCAUCUCCAUGGCCAAGGGCGACGUCGGUGCCGUCGUCGGCUGCUUGAGAUACUACGGAGGCUGGGCCGACAAGAUCGAGGGCAAGACCAUUGACGUUGCCCACGACAUGUUCCACUACACUCGCUCCGAGCCCAUCGGUGUCUGUGCCCAGGUCAUCCCCUGGAACUUCCCCCUCCUCAUGCUCUCCUGGAAGAUCGCCCCCGCCCUGGCGACGGGUAACACCAUUGUCAUGAAGACCGCCGAGCAGACCCCCCUGUCCGCUCUCGUCUUUGCCCAGUUCAUCAAGGAGGCCGGCUUCCCCCCCGGUGUCUUCAACCUCAUCAACGGUUUCGGCAAGAUCGCCGGUGCCGCUCUCUCCUCCCACAUGGACGUCGACAAGAUCGCCUUCACCGGCUCCACCCUCGUCGGUCGCCAGAUCAUGAAGGCCGCCGCUAGCUCCAACCUGAAGAAGGUCACCCUCGAGCUUGGCGGAAAGUCCCCCAACAUCGUCUUCAACGACGCCGACAUUGAGCAGGCCAUCUCCUGGGUCAACUUUGGCAUCUACUACAACCACGGCCAGUGCUGCUGCGCCGGUACCCGCAUCUUCGUCCAGGAGGGCGUCUACGACAAGUUCCUCGCUGCCUUCAAGGCGCGUGCUGAGCAGAACAAGGUCGGCGACCCCUUCCACCCCGAGACCUUCCAGGGCCCCCAGGUCUCCCAGCUGCAGUUCGACCGCAUCAUGGGCUACAUCAAGGCCGGCAAGGACGAGGGCGCCACCGUCGAGACGGGCGGUGCCCGCCACGGCGACAAGGGCUACUUCAUCCAGCCCACCAUCUUCAGCAACGUCCGCCCGGACAUGAAGAUCAUGCAGGAGGAGAUCUUCGGCCCCGUCUGCGCCAUCGCCAAGUUCAAGGACGAGGAGGAGGUCAUCAAGCUCGGAAACGACACCACCUACGGUCUGGCCGCUGCCGUCCACACCACCGACCUCAACACCGCCAUCCGCGUCAGCAACGCCAUCAAGGCCGGCACCGUCUGGGUCAACUGCUACAACAUGCUCUCCUACCAGGUGCCCUUCGGCGGCUUCAAGGAGUCCGGAAUCGGCAGAGAGCUCGGCGAGGCCGCUCUCGCAAACUACACCCAGAACAAGUCCGUCGCGAUCCGUCUGGGCGGAGCGUUGUUCUAAGGAGGGUAUCUUGGUUGGAAAGGUAAUGAAAACUGGGGCUUAUUCCGGCGCAAAUGUGUACAUGACCUUGAUGUAACUUUUUUUUUUCUUUCUCGUUUCAAAUAUCACGUUGCAUGAUACCAAUAACAAAAAACAAUCAAAAACUUGUCUAUCUCA